AUGAGCCUCGACAAGGAGGUGCCCGUACACGAGAGCAGCGCACGUCUACCCUGCAUGCUCGUCAACCUGUUCAUGGUUCAUCCACUUGGCGCUGGGUGUGCCAACUGCCAAGGCCACGGUAUCAAUACUACUGCUAUUACUGUACUCACUGUAGUUGUACAUGUCGAUGCGCACGAACCCUAUCCGUCCUGCCCUACCCUGGAGAAAGCAUUUGACCUCGAGCAUGACAGGACUUGCGCAGCAGAGGCAAUGCAGGAAUCGAUCAUGGCCAUCCUUGCCUCUUCUAUUCAUCUCGCGACCCAUCGUCCGUUCCAUCCCGUCGGCCCCCUCUUUCGGCUUGCCGUGGCGAUGAAGCGGUCACGAGAGCCGGACGAAGACCCGAAUUCAGAGACGGCCCUGGGACUGGAUCCCACGACCGAACAGCUACCCUCCAAAAUAUUGGGCGUCGUGGAAUCAGAGGAACCCAAAGGCGUCGAGGACGAUACGACGGCCAUGAGAUGCUCACUACCUCCUCACUCGUCACCCGUUCUUUUCAAUACGUUUGGACAGUAUGAAUUGCACUUUCGCCAGUUUCACACCAACCAAUGUCUCGAAUGUCACAGAAACUUUCCGUCCGACCACCUUCUCGGCGUCCACAUCGAGGAAUGGCACGACCCCAUCGUAAGAGUCCGCAGGGAAAAGGGCGAGCACACCUAUAGCUGCUUCGUCGAUGGCUGCGAACGCAAGUGCUUGACCCAUCAGAAGCGCAGGAUGCACAUGAUCGACAAGCACGCCUACCCAAGGAACUUCUUCUUCGCCGUCACCAAAGAUGGCAUCGAUGGGAGACGAUCGCUGCUCGUUGAGCACAGUCGCCGCAGGGCCCGGCCAUCGGCGGGCAUGCUGUCCGCGGAGACGACCCGUCCACGAGGCACCCUGGACGAGUCCCCCCCCGCCAACAACGAACACGGCCAACCGGCAAUUCCUGGCAAAGCAACCGUGAAUCCGAAGCCGCAUGGGCCAGGCGAGGCGGAAAUGGACGACGCAGAUGUGGCGAGUAUUACGGGCGCCAUGUCCGCGCUGCAGUUCGUCCCUCCCAGCGUCCGAUUCGGUCGGGGCCGUGCCGCUGGCUUCGCACGGAGAUAG